CACCCUGCUGCUGCUAUCUUGCUCAUACUCACACUGAUGACGAAAAUGGCGGAUAGCUCAUCGUCGGUCGAGGUUGUCGAGGGCUGUCGGUUGCCCGUUCUUCGUAAAAAUCAAGAACACGAGGACGAAUGGCCACUGGCAGAAAUCCUCAGUGUGAAGGAAGUCACAGCAAGAAAGCUCUACUACGUUCACUACAUUGACUUCAACAAGCGUCUGGAUGAGUGGGUCACAGGAGACAGGUUGGACUUGAAGAAGCUUCAGUUCCCUAAGAAAGAAGCUAAAACUCCAACCAAGAAUGGUCUUCCAGGCUCCCGUCCCAGUUCCCCAGAAAGAGAAGUGAGGAAGAGUCUAGAUACCAACCUUCAAUCUGCCACAGCGCCCUCCAGAGGCAAAACCCUCCCCACUCCGCUGUCGAGUCAUACUGAACUGCAUGGAAAUCCAGAUAUAAACAACCACGACACAGUAAAGGAAGAAGAUGAUCCUGUUGUGCAGAACAAAUCUGGAAGUGAUUUAAAACAUUUAUCCAAAUGUUUGUCCGGUGUGCGCACUGGAAUUGUGAACAAGCCAAAUUUCGGGUGCAGGUCUUUCAAGAAAAGGAAAGUAGAGCCUGUCGCCUUGGCGCCUCAGGUAUCCCCAGUCACGCCGCCUCCCCCCUCUCUGCCACCCUCAGCUGAAGCCUCUCAGGCGUCCGUUUUCCCUGCCGUGAGGGAAACUAACACUUUCAAGUCCCGCGAAGACCAUGAACAGCUCUCCUCACUCACAACGAACGGCACUGCCCGAAGACCUCUCAUUCCUACUCCUCAGCCCGGGAGGAAAAGGAAAGCUAACUGUGGGGGAACUGAUGAGAUGAUAAAGGUUUUGCAGUAUAACAUCCCUCAGACUGCCAGUGUCUUUCUACCACCACCAGAGGAUUCUCAGGAUAGUUCGGAUGGCAUCCCAACUGCCCCCCGCAUGACGGGAAGUUUGGUGUCUGACCGCAGCCACGAUGACAUCGUCACCCGAAUGAAAAACAUCGAGUGUAUAGAGCUGGGACGUCACAGACUGAAGCCCUGGUACUUCUCUCCGUACCCACAGGAACUCACCACACUGCCCAUCCUUUACCUCUGUGAAUUCUGCCUCAAGUAUCUUAAAAGCCUCAAAUGUCUCCAGAGACAUUUGACGAAAUGUAAUCUGAGACAUCCUCCAGGCAACGAGAUCUACCGCAAAGGCACCAUAUCGUUCUUUGAAAUUGACGGCCGGAAAAACAAAAAUUAUUCCCAGAACCUGUGUUUACUCGCUAAGUGUUUCCUGGACCACAAAACCUUGUAUUAUGACACGGACCCUUUCCUCUUCUAUGUAAUGACCGAGUACGACUCCAAAGGCUUCCACAUAGUGGGCUACUUUUCUAAGGAAAAAGAGUCCACUGAAGAUUAUAAUGUUGCCUGCAUCCUGACCUUACCUCCCUAUCAGAGGAGGGGCUAUGGUAAACUGCUCAUCGAGUUCAGUUACGAGCUUUCAAAGGUGGAAGGGAAGACGGGCACUCCUGAGAAGCCACUUUCUGACCUGGGUCUCUUGUCCUAUCGCUCCUACUGGUCCCAGACUAUUUUGGAAAUUCUCAUGGACCUCAAACCUGACAAUGGAGAAAGGCCACAGAUCACCAUCAAUGAAAUCAGUGAGAUCACAAGUGUAAAGAAGGAAGACGUCAUUUCAACACUUCAAUACCUCAACCUUAUCAACUACUACAAGGGUCAGUACAUCUUGACUCUUUCAGAAGACAUCGUGGACGGACAUGAACGAGCGAUGCAGAAGAGACACUUGCGCAUUGAUCCUAAAUGUCUCCACUUCACACCUAAAGACUGGAGCAAGAGGGGCAAGUGGUAGAGGUAGAGUCCUGGUCCCACUCACAGGACCUCCCCGCCCCCCAAAACUGUGUGGCUGCAGAUUUGAGUAGGAAGUGUUGGGUCAGAUAAAUGUUUUUAUGAAGCAGUUUCAUCAAGAUCCUCAACCGGACGCUAAGCAAUGAACAGAAACUGUGAGCAGAAUCUUACAUUGUGAAUAUUAAAAAACAAAAGAAAGAUGGUGACACGCACAGAAACAACAUAGUGUACCUUAGGGCUGUAGUGUUUAAUCAAAUCAUUACCAAAUACAAUAUUUUCUGGUUUCUUUGCUCAAUAUAACAAAGAAAUCAUUAAAACUAUAUAUGUAAUAGUGGUUUGUAGACUAAAUACAAUUGAGAACAUCAUAAUUCGUAGGUUUGGGAAAUGCCAUUUGCCAUUUUGUGGACAUUAAUCGACAAAAUAAUCAUCAUCAAACAGUUGAUUAUGAAAAUAAUAAUUAGCUGCAGCCCUAAUGUACCGACUGUGUGAAACACUGCAAACAAUUAGAUAAGGUGUCUGUGUAGCUACAGACCACAGAGGACAUGGACCUGCUGCUGUCGCCACGCAACAUAAAUGAUUUUGUCUGUUUGCCACAUAAGAAGUAGAAAUAAAAAAAAGUCGUCAUAAUUAUGAACCGCAGGAAGUUUCUGGAUGUGUGGAAACAUCCAAGAGAAUUCCUUGAACGCCGAGCUUGUAGCUCUCGUUAAUAAACGUCACCGCGACUCUUGUGUAAACUCGAACGCUUAAGUCAUCACUUUCUACAUUGAUUUUAUUUUUAAAAUUUGCAAAUUUAAAACCUUUGACGAACGCCGUGUUGAGAACAGAACAGUUCCCACUGAUGAACCGUCUGUUUCUAUCACGGACUCAUUGUGAUUCAUGCUGUGAGUGUGUAAAUAAAUGUACAAGGAGUCAACAUUCAUUUGUGCAUUCACCCUUUCAUCUCAUUUUCUGCUCAUGGUGAUUCUCUUGAGGGCGUUUGGAUAAGCGGGACAGAGACAUUGGACAAAUAAGAGUCCAUUUAUGUGAUGUACAAAUAUUUAAGUAAAGUAGAACCUAUUGUUUGCAGUUGUAAUAUAAUUUUUCAGACAUGAUGGUUUCAUAUGUACAAUAUAUCUAACACAUUUCCCUGUGUUUUUAAUAUAGUUGGAGGGUUUAUUUUGUGGUGAAUGUUGUGCUCCUGACACGAUCAUGUGUAACCUGCACAAUGAGACGUCAGUCAAAGGGAAAUGUACAGAGUGAGUCUUUUUGUUUACGCCAUGUAAAUUGUGAGACAGGAAAAGGCCGAAAAAGGUUUUUUUAUCUUUGUAAAUUUACCCGUUCACGCAUACGCUCAUAUGAAAACAGUCGAGUCAGAUUUGGACAUGAACAGCAUAUUGUGUCUCUUGAUGUGUGAUUGUGUAAGUUGUUAUAUGAGACGUUUGUCAGUGCUCUGUUCACAGUCUGUGAAAAGCAUCGAGGGAAAAGACAAAUAAACAAAGCUUUUCUUUUGA